AUGUCCGAUUCAGAGGAUGAACGACGUGAACGCGCUGCACGCAUCGAUAACGACAACGGUGGUGGUGCAAAUGGCGAGAGCCGUGUUUGGCGAGAUCAGCGCAGAUAUGGCAGUCAGGAUGAUGAUGAUGAUGGUGAUGAGGAGGAGAGGGGUCGCCGACGACGCGCUGAUUCCGAUUCUGAUGAAAUGCUGCAUAAGCGGAAGCGACAGGACUCGGAUGCACAGAAGGACGAAAUUGUUGAGAAACUCACCGAACUGAUUGCUCAAAUCGGAGAAAAAAGUAGUACCUCACUGGAAUCAAAUUUGGAAAGCCUUUCGCAAGUACUGGAGACCGACUUGGAUACGUACAAAGAGCAUAUUAUUGAAAUUUUGGUUGCUUGUAUCUGUGAAAUGCCGGACAAAUUGACAGUUUAUUCGACAUUGGUUGGAUUGCUCAAUGCCAAAAAAUACAACUUUGGUGGCGAGAUUCUGGAGAAGUUGCUCUCGAAAUUGAAUGAGCUAAUGAAAGAUAAUGAUUUUGAUCAUGCUUUAUAUAUUGUGAUAUUUUUGUCCGAUUUGGUGAACUGCCGUGUGAUUACGUUGGAAUCGUUUGUUGAUUUUUUGAAAGAUCUCAUUGACUGCACCUCCAGCACCGAUAUGCCCCAGGUACGACGUGACUGGUUCGCUUAUGCAUUUUUACAUUGCCUUCCUUGGGUCGGCCAUGAGAUUGCCGAGAAGAAGGGAGAAGAUUUAAACGUUAUGUUAGCGGCUAUUGAAGAAUACCUCCAAUCACGAAACAGAGAUCAUGUGAAGAUUUUGCAAGUUUGGACGAAGUCGAUCCAUGAGCAGGAAGAAUAUUUGGACUGUUUAUGGGCACAGAUUUCGAAAUUACGUUCUGACGGAUGGAAGGAGAAAUUUAUUUCUCGUCACUACGUGGCAUUCGACGGCACUUUGGCCGAUGCCUUACAGCAUGGCCUACCCAGUUUCGAAGCUCCACCGCAUGAUUCGAAAAGCAUGUAUCCUCUUCCCAGUGUUGUGUUUCGAUUUUUCGAUUAUGCCGAUUGCCCGGAAGAUGGACCAAUUCUGCCUGGUGCACAUUCCAUCGAACGAUUUCUCGUUGAAGAAGAGCUGCGUUGGAUACUGGAUCAGGAGAAACGGAGUCGAAAAAAGUGUGCGGCACGAUUGCUGGAUUACGAGAAACGCACGCUGGUGCCCAUAAAUUACGUCAUAUUGGAGGUGAUAUUUUCGCAGUUAUUUCAUUUACCGGAUGCACCCGUUCGACCGAUAUUUUAUGGCAGUCUUCUAAUUGAACUCUGUAAAACCAAAAGCAUGCCUCAGGUAAUAGCUCAAGCGGCCGAAUUAUUUUACCAACGUAUAGAUACAAUGCAAGUUGCCUGUAUCGAUCGCUUAAUUGAUUGGUUCAGCUAUCACAUGUCGAAUUUUGAGUAUCGCUGGUCCUGGUCCGAUUGGAGUGAUUGUGUUGAGUUAGACCGUCUUGCGCCGAGGCACAUGUUUGUACGCGAGGUGGUGGACAGGUGCAUGCGAUUUUCCUAUCAUCAGAAGCUUACGGAAAUUUUGCCUCCAGAAUUUGGAAAAAUGAUACCCGAGAAACCAGUUAUUUGCUACGACCUUAACGAUGAGGAGCAUCCGGACCAUGAUUUGGCUAUGGCUCUUGAGAAGGCUUUUCGCGAGAAGUGUUCAGCGGAAGAUAUGAUUGAUUUGCUGAAGAACAAAACUGCCGAGUGGUCCGAUUCGAGUGCCGGAUUAUCUGUCUUCCUUAAAGUGCUGCUGUAUUUGGCUCGCAAAACUUUCAGCCACAAUUUUGCUGCAUUAACACGGCAUGUUAUUUUCUACGCUUUACUUAUUUCAGUUGAUAUUUUACGCAGAUCUCUUCCUAAAGAUGAGUACUAUUCAACGCUGAAAGAGCUUAUUGGAAACAAGGAAGAUGCGCAGCUGACUGUUUUAAGAACCAUCUAUGAAACAUGGAAACUGCACAGGCAGAUGGUAACGGUAUUGAUAACGAAAUUACUGAAAAUGUCGUUGCUUGACGCGAGCGCAGUAGUGGCCUGGAUAUUCAGCGAUGAAAUGAAACCUGAAUUUGAAAGGUUUGUUCGAUUCUCAUCCAUUGCAUGCAGUUCCAAGUCCAGUUGCAAACUCGUGAACUUUUCCUGA